GUUGUCNGCCAGAUCAUCCGGAAGUGAAGAAUUGCAUUAACAAAUUCGACAGAAUGUUCGAAUUGAAUUCUGAGAGGUUGUCGUUGUAUUGUAACGUGUGUCUGGGUAGAGAUGUGACAUACGAUGAGCUGUGUAAGGAUUACGAUGCAGUUGUAUUGGCGUACGGCGCGAGACGACAGAAGAGACUGCAGAUACCGAACAUCCAGUCGAAGAACGUCUUCUCGGGUGGUGACUUCGUCUCGUGGUACAAUGCCGUACCCAAUAUGAAAGCGCCGAAUUUAGAUAGCAAUCGCGCGGUUAUAAUAGGUGUGGGUAAUGUGGCGUUAGAUUGCUGCCGAAUAUUAUUAUCAGCGAAUAGCGAUCGCAUUAUCAAAAGUGAUAUGCCCACCGAUAUCCUCGAGCAUUUGUCCAAGUCAAGGAUCAAUCAUGUUACUAUCAUUGGUCGCAGAGGGCCACUU